UCCCUCGAAUACCCACUCAACCAUCAUCUCCUUGUCACUUUAUACUUGAAACAUUUUUCAUAAUGUCCGACACUGGUAGACAAUCCUUCGGUGACAAGAUCGGCGCUGCUGUCAAGCCCGACUCGCAGAAGACGACCACCGAGUCCCUCGGUGACACGAUCAAGGGGAAGAGCGAUAAUGCCGCAGGCGCCGUGGAGCCCGAGUCUCAGAAGUCGUAUGCUCAGCAGCUCGGUGACAAGUUCAGCAGCAAUCCAACCGAGCCUUCGAUGUUGGACAAGGCGAAGAAUGCCGUGGGCAUGGGUAGCAACAAGAACGUUUAAGUGCAUCACGUUGAUGUAUCGCUACGUGUACAUUAGCCGUGGCUGGACGGAUUGUUGUACUGUAUCGGGUAUGGCUGCGACGUUAUGCAUGUACUCGUACGUUGCACUCUGACAUCUGGAGAGCAUUGUGUGACUUGUCGACGCUUGCAUUGAACGAGACGCUUUUC